AAGAAGAAGUCGUAAACACAGCGCACGCGGUGAGCUCUGGCUGCUGUUUGAUUCUUUCCCCGGUUUCACAGCCGAAACAUGAUCCCUGCUUCUGCUCGAAACCGAAAGAAAAGCCAACCGGCUCUCGGCGUCAGCAGGAAGUGCGCCGUUUCCGGUUGUCCGAACAGCACGGGCAGCUUGAACCGGAGCGCGCUGAACCGACCCCCGAAACGGUUCUUCAAGUUCCCCACAAACCCGGACCAGCUGAAGGUGUGGCUGGCCGCGCUGAGGGAAACCAACAGAGACCCGUCUGAGCAGCUUUUCAUCUGCGAGGACCACUUCCUGCCGGAGGACAUCUUUAAAAACGGGAUCAGCAGCGACGCCAUCCCCAUCAUGCCGCCGUACGUGGAUGGAGCGCAGCAGCUGAUCAGUCCCUGGAGCUGUGAUUCCCUGGAGGAGGAGGAGGAGCAGUGGCCCACCAGGCACUGGGAUACUGAGGAGGAGGAGGAGGAGAAAGAGGAGGCUCCUCCUCCUCCUUCAGCAGCAGCUCUGCAGCAGAAUCCAGACCGAGGCUCGGAUAACCCAUCAGCACCCGAGUUAAAGAGAGAUUUCUGCUCUGAAAACGAAGCAACCAGCUGGUUCAUCAGAGAAGGCACCUCUGUGGCCCGCCUCACUCGGGGUUUCCUGGAGCUUCUGAUGGCGGCUCCAGACCACGCCGUGGACGUCAGAGAGGUGGCCGUGAAGCUCCAGACCCACGUCCACCGCGUUCACACCGUCAUCGACGUCCUGCUGGGGAUGGACCUGGUCCAGACGGAAUCGGAUCAGAUGGAUGAUCAGACUCUGGUCAGAUGGAUAGGAAGCAGUCCGAUCUACAGCUUCCUGUGGAGGGACACGCUGCAGUUCCUGACCAUGCUGCAGAGGCUGACGGCCAUGGAGGACGAGGUGGACCAGCUCUUUAAAACCUGCGCCUGGCAGCUUUUCGCCCUCACAGAGGAUGAGGAGAACGCCGCGCUCGCCUACAUCAGCUGCCAGGACGUCUGCCGCCUCGGAGGCCUUCAGCAGCAGACGGCGAUCUUGAUCCGAUCUCCUCCAGAAACCAAGCUGACCAUCCCUCCUCCUGACGAGGACGGGAUUCAGAUGAAUCUGGUUUCGGAGAAGGGUCCCAUCGUGGCGCUGACCUGUGAGGUCGGACCGCUGAACGCUGAGCCCAGCAGGGUCUUCUCAGCGCUGGAGAGUCGUGUCAGGAUGAAGGAAGUAGGAGGCAAGAAGCUGCAGAUCUAGGAAAGGAAGAAUGAGGAUAAGGAUUUCCGGGCGGCUGAAGAUUGUGUGAUGGUGCUGAUGAAGACGCCUCUAAAGGAGGAAAGGCCCCAUGAUGGAGGCGAUCCUGGAAGCAGGACUGGAGCCGUAAGGAGCAGAGAGAGAGCGGCCAUGUUGGAAGCCAUGGUGAAAACCUGGACUGUAGUUUUCCUUUAAAUGUUUACUAGAACUCAUUGACCACAGCGCCCUCUGGUGGCUGGUUGAUCGCUGCAGAUGUCACAGCCUCCGAUGAGAGAAGAUCUGUUUGGUCAAAGCAGCUCCUUCCUUCAGUCGGACGGAAACAGGACUGUGAUGUUUUUAUGGCGUCAUCAGCUGGUUGCUGCAGUUACUGGAUCCUCAGCUGGUCUGGAAAUUAAGGAUCAGGGAUUUUUCAAAUGAAGCCUUUCAGUUCACCAUCUUCGGUGUGGACGCCGUUACUGAGUUUGGACCAACGCAAGUUUUGCCUAUCAGUUUACGAUGGAAGCUGUAAUUAUUUAAUUGAGGCUGCAGGGCGGCGAUAGAGAGCAGGACAGCAGCAACGUUCUUUGAUCUGGACUCAUCUGACGUCUCUGAUCCGUUUCUUUUCAAUUGAAAAUUGGUUUG